AUGAUCACGCCCCAGCCUACCUCGAGCAUAGACGUUGUUCUCGACUCUGGCUCUGCAUUGUUGCUGGGCGCGACGGCGGACGCCUCUCCCGCACUUCUCCGCGGGCGGGUGAUACUGGAGUUGGCAGAGCCGAUGAGGAUCCAAGAAGUGUCGGUAAGGUUCAGAGGGCGGGCCUCUGUUCCUGCUGUUAGCGAAUCCCUGGGGGACGCAGACGCUCCUUCUGCAUACACCGUCUGCUCGGAGAACUGGCUAUUAUUCGAGUCGGCAUCUCCCGACGACUCACUCCCGGCUGGGACACACACUUACCCGUUCAAGACAUUCAUCGGUGGCAGCCUUCCCGCUUCCACAACAGACUCUUCACCACGUGGUGUAUCUGUCGUAUACUCGUUACGCGCGAUGGCAGUGCGCGCAAAUAAGCGGCCUAACCUCCGGCACACGAUCACCGUUCCCGUCUUGCGCUCCUUCCCGUCCGACUCGCUCGAGUUCUUCCAAUCACUCGACCACGAACAUACUAUCCCGGGGCAGCUAUCAUACUCGCUCUCCCUGCCACACAAAGCAUGGGCAGCCGGCGAUACUCUAUCUGCGAUCUUUCACGCCUCGAUGCAUACGAAGGAGGUCUCCAUCCGGGCAGUGAAGACAUGCGUCACGCAGACGCGGCGGGUGCUGAAGCACGGCGAAUGGGAGCGGCAAGUCGAGACGAUUGCGAGCGGCUCGCACUACGUGCACAAUGCACCGGAAGGCACCCGCGUCCUUAAAUCUAUCCUCGGAAACAACUCGAAGCGCACGCGCCACGUCGCUUUUGCGGAGGAGGACGAGGGUUACUCGUCGGGAUCCACCCUCUCCCCAGUCAAUCAGCUCACAGAUCGCGACAUCUCUGUCGUACUGGAUCUACCCAUACCUCCAUCCACAUCGCCUUCGCACUCCGUCGCCCCUAUCUACGUCGAUCACCACGUGAGUUGGACCCUCACCAUCGUCGACGCUUCUGGGAAAGCUCGCGAUCACCACUGUCGCCUGCCACUGCAUAUCCUCGACCAUAGGCUACUCCUUGAAACCGUCGCAGCGACACUCGCAAGUCGCUUGCAGGCUCUCAACGGCAGUCCGAGUAGUUCAAGUGAUUCGACGGAACUGCCAGAAGUCCACACACCACCGAGUUAUCAGGCGCACGUGCAGGACCGGGUGCCCGAACUGUAUGUCCUUCCGGAGGUCGCGGAACGGAGCUCAUCGCUUCUCAACAUCAUCCCCCCACCACGAAGCGCCGACUUUAGCUUGGCACCGCCGGCAAGUGCGACGCCGUCGUAUGAGGAUGCGGCGAAGGGCUUCCUUGGGGGUUUACCGCCGUUGGAACUAUUGCGGCAGUUACCCAGAUAUGCAGAAGUUUAG